AUGCUCGACUUUAUGCCCGUCGCACACUACGCCAGCCUGGGGGCCGUCCUUGGCGUCGCCACGGCCCUAUCUCUCCUCGUCGUCCUCCUCGAGCCGCGCCUGGGUCUGCUCGCCAAGCUGCACGGCUUCCCCGACACGCUCAAGACGAGCCUACCGACACGCCUGAGCACUCUGGUCGACGACGCCGUUAACCGGCUCGGCUUCCCCGCGAGGGCGAGAGGUCCGUCCGCACUCGCUGACCCGGACCCGCUCGCCAACCUCGCCCUCAGGUCGGCGACGACCCGCGACCACCUCUACGUCAACAAGUGCCUCCGAUGGCCCUACUUCCAGACUAUGGCGCAUCAAGCGAUGCACGUCAAUCACUGGAUCGAGAUCGACGCGCGGUACGAGGCCGAGAUGCAGUACAAGGCGUCGGUCGUGCAGAGGUACCGGGACGAGACCGUCAUCUCGCUGCCCGAGAACGACGAAGGAGCAGGCGAGCUCCUCGAGACGCUCGUCGACUACUUGCCCAAGCGCUACCCGACGCUUUUCGCGCCUCUGCCGAACGGCGGCAUCCACAACAAGGUCCUCGGCGAACGUCACUACGACCUCAAGGGCAUGACCGGCACCGACGCGCUCGUCGUCGUCUCCAAGCUCGUUCAGGACGACUUUCUCAUGGGCCGAGAGCGAGAAGACGGCCACGUCUACUUCGUCGGCGGGAUCGUCGCCGUUCCGGGCUUCUACAGCUUCAAGGACAAGGUCGGCAAGUCGAUGCGCGAGGUGCACGAGCCCGUGCCGCAGUUCAACGACAAGAUCCUCAUGAGCGUCGAGCGCACGCUCAAGCGGUUCAAGCCCGAGGAGCCGUUUGAGCGCUCGAGCUGGGAGAUCGUCGACGACCUCAAGGCGCACAAGCACAACAUUGCGACGCUCGAGGGCGACGACAAGCUGGCCGACGACCUCCCCCCGAGCGAGUACAUCUUCCGCAUCGACCAUCAGACGUUCCGCAAGCUGCCCAAGUCUCGCGCCGUCGUCUUCGGCGUGCACCCGAUCCUGCGCCCGCUGCACGAGUUCGCCGACCUGCCGCUCGUGCCGGCGCUGCUCGCAACGGUGCACAAAAGGGGCCCGAGCGACCUCAUGCAGUACAAGCUCAAUUUUCGCUACCAGGACAAGCUCCUCCCGUACCUCAAGGAGCUCACCCAGUCGCAGAUCGACCGAGGCCUCAUCACCGGCGACGAGGACGUCGCAGAGUUUCGGGCGCUGCUUGGGAAGGUCAAAGCGUGA